AUGUCUCCCAAAACAAUCGCCGUGUGGAUUCUAGUUCUGUGGAUUAACUCUUUUGAGCUGACAGCUGUGUUGGGAGGCGGAUACCAGAUAAGUUUAUCGCAUCCUGAUGGAUCGGCCACUCGAAGGGAAUUGGUGGUAGUGGACCCAGAGGGAAAUGCCCAGAUCGAUGGCGAAAUCCGUCAGAUCUUUUCAGGCCCUCAUGAAGGUUCCUUAGUUGUCCUUUAUAAAACAGGACCCGAGGGAUAUAGGAUACGAUACACCUAUACGGCAGGCUCUGAGAAAUCCUUAACGCCGACUAUGGCUAAAAACGAUACUUUUUCGAUAAAAAGAAUUGGAGUAAAUGCGCUAAAGUCAUCUGUUGGUUGA